AUGAGCGGCACACCGUCGAAUGCGGUUUGUACGGCGUGGCCGGAGAUGGCGCUGGACAGUCGCAUUUUGGAGGCCAUCAAGCGCGUUAAGUGGAAUUUACCCACCCCAGUGCAGGGCGCAUGCAUCCCGCUGGCCUUAAAAGGGCGUGACUUGGCGUUACAGUCUCGCACGGGCAGCGGGAAGACGGGUGCCUUUGUCAUUCCCAUCCUGCAACGCGUCAUUACCGAGACGGAAAAGAUGUGCAACCGACGCACCGCAAAGAACCCUGUAGCUCUUAUCCUGCUGCCCUCUGUGGAACUGUGCGAACAAACCGUUGAGGUGGUUACUGCUCUGGCAAAAUACGUGAAACCGAGGGUUGUGGUGGAUAACCUGACAUCUCGCGGAGUUGUCACAAAAGCACGUGUAGCUGCCGCCCCCAUUCUCGUGACUACCGCCGCGCUGCUUGGCAAGCUCUGCCGCAGUGGUACAGUGACCGCCGAAGAUCUGGCAACCCUUCGCUGUGUUGUCAUUGACGAAGUGGAUUUUGUCAUCUCCAUUGCCGAGGGUUCACUGCGCGCCGUGCAGUCUGUUUUACCACCCUCAGUGCAGACUAUCCUUUCAUCCGCAACAUUGACAGACGGAGUGGUGCACAUUAAGAGUCAGCUGCUCCAUAACCCUGUCACCAUCACGCUGAGCACAGGCGAUGAAGACGAGAUGAACCCAACAGAAGGUGAAAACAUCGUCGUAGAGUCCCGCAUCACGAAGAAAGGAAUUAAUUCCGAGGAAAGGCUGCGGCACUACUACCUUGUGGCCACCGAAGAGUGUCAUCAUCACACUCUGUUGUAUGCGCUAUACCGUCUUGGACACAUUAAAGGCAAGACCCUCAUCUUCGUCAAUGAGGAGGAAAAGACGUAUAAAUUGCAGAGUUUUUUGGCACAGUUGGGAGUGGAGGCGCUUGUGUACGAUUCCAACUUGCCUCUAAACGUCCGUGUGGACACACUUCACCGUUUUCAGGUGGGAUCCGUCGGAACGCUGGUUUGUACCGACGGGACGCUAGAGAGUGUCGACAACCUGCAGGAAUCCAUACCGGGGGCGGAGGCGCAGGCUACACGAAUGCACAGCAAGAAAGGGAAAAGGACAGAAGACCGUCAUGAUGGGGCCUUACAGCGGGGAAUUGAUUUUUCAGACGUCCGAAACGUCGUUCUCUUUGAUGGCAUAGCGCAUCCGACAACCUCCGCCUUCUCUCGUUACACCCAUCGAGUCGGGCGUGCCGGCAGGGCGGGUAAAAGCGGCAUGGCGAUCACACUGUUUACCCUUCAACAAGCGCAGAGGGUGACACGACAUUUGCGCCGUCAUUUGGGGGCCACUCAUGAUACAUUUGAACCGUUCAAGCAACUCCGCCGCCAGGAGGCGGCAAAGCUUCAGUAUCGGGUCGACAAUGUGCUCUUCUCUAUCACCAGGUCGUCCACUCGCCGCCAACGCAUUUCCUCCGUGGCUGCAGAACUCACCCGCAGUGCCUACCUAAAAAGUCACAUGAGUCAAAAGGAUGAGGCUGUUCUUCAGCGGAUUUUAUCACGAUCCAAGAAGACAACAAAGUGUGACACGACGUUACUUGACGUCCCACACUACAUGCACAUUGAGGGGGCGGACUCUGCUGAAAAAUACCGAAAACGUGUCCGUGCGCGUACAUCAUCAAAAUCUUCAUCCGCUUCUCAGCAACCGAGAACAAGGUCCCGUGACCCACUCAGCCGGGUGGCCAGCGCUGUAAAGAUGGGGACGGCGAAGAAACGAAGGUUGUAA